AUGGAACCUACUUUUUCACUACUGCGACUACCCGAAAAUGUCAUCAUCAAAGUUCUCGAAAACCUGAGUUUGAGACAAUUAUUCGAGUUCUCUCUUAUCUCAACGAAAACAAAGAAUCUAAUGGCAUCAUUGGGAUUAGGAGCCGAUUAUGUCGACAUCCAGAUAUGUCGUAUGAUUCGUCUAGAUGUGUACUUCGGAGGAUACCUCUUCAAUUUGACCAUUUACAAUGAUUCGAAUGAUGAAAAUGGUGAAUUACCCGCAGACAUAACUCUCCCAGUUGCUGCUACUUUUGGAUAUCUAUACACAAACGUUCAAUUAACAACUCCACUACUCAACUUCAACAAGUGGUUGGAUCAUAUUCGGACAGUAUUCUGUUGCACUCCGCCAGCGAACAUUCGUUUUUAUCGAGGAUCUGAAAGAUUUGAUAUUGGAUCGUUGAAAGAAACAAUUGGAAAUGUCAACUGGCUUUAUGUGUUUGGUCAAUCCACUGACAUUCAUUACAAGCACAUUUUGAAAUAUUUCAACACUCCCAAUAAGUUAUUUCUAGACAGGAAUCCAUUUGAAAUAGCGUCAGAAAUUCAACAAUUCUUUAUACAAAAUUACGAAACCGUUAGAUUUCAUGGCGUUAACUCAUUAGAUGACAUGUUGUUAGUCAAUAGUGAAAAAGUCAGAUUCACCCAUUCAAUAUCUCAGAAACAAUUCAAUCAGUUCAUCAAACACUGGAUCCGCGGAUCGAAUCCAAGAUUACAAUCGAUGUAUCUAUCAAUCGAUAAAACUGAUUUCGUCAGUGGAAUAGUGUAUUUGAAUGGUGUCCGAUUCAUGGAAAUGAGUGAAGAUGCAAAAACAGAAAUCCGUCAAAACCAUAGGCUAACAAGUCUCGAUAUGGUACAAAUCAAACGAAAAGAUGGGACAUCUGCUGUGAUUGCGACGUAUGAUGGAGAUCAUCGUCUUCAUAUUAAUCUAAUUGUUCUGCACUGA